AUGGCGUUGGAGGAGAGCCCUCUCGAUGAGCCCCUUCUCAUCCCCGACAAUGACGCGGAGCAGCGCAGCAGCGGCGGCGGCGCCGAUGACAUCGCCAACAUGGAGGUGCAUCUCCUCCUCCAUCACGACAUGGGCGCCUCCUUCUGGCGGAGCUGCCUCAACCUCAGCAACGUCAUCUCAGGCGUCGGGGUGCUAUCCGUGCCGUACGCGCUGGCGCAGGGCGGGUGGCUCAGCUUGGCGCUCUUCGCCGUCGUCGGCGCCGUCUGCUACUACACCGGCGAGCUCAUCGCCCGCUGCAUGCGCGCCGGCGGCGAUGGCGACCCCGACGCCGUCAGGAGCUACCCGGACAUCGGCCAGCUCGCGUUCGGGCGGCCCGGCCGGAAGGCCAUCGGCGCCGUCAUGUACGCGGAGCUCUACCUCGUCGCCGUCAGCUUCCUCAUCCUCGAGGGCGACAACCUCGACAAGCUGCUCCCCGGCACGGCCGUCGGCCUACCCGGCGGCUACGUCCUGCGGGGGAAGCAGCUGUUCACGCUCUUGGCGGCCGUGGUCAUACUCCCGACAACGUGGCUCAGGGACCUCUGCGUGCUCGCCUACGUGUCGGCGGUCGGGCUCGUCGCGUCCGUGGCCCUCACGGCGUCCCUGGUCUGGGCCGGCGUGGCCGAGCACGGCUUCCAUGCCGCCAAGGAUGCCAAUGUUUUCAGCCUCGCCGGGCUGCCCACUUCCCUCAGCUUGUAUUUCGUCUGCUUCGCCGGCCACGGCGUCUUCCCGACGGUGUACACCUCCAUGAGGAAUAACAAUGACUUCACCAAGGUCCUCCUGGCCUCCUCAGUGCUCUGCAGCCUCAACUACGCGCUGACGGCGGUUCUAGGGUACAUGAUCUACGGGGACGACGUGAAGUCGCUGGUGACGCUGAACCUCCCGUCGGGGAAGGUGUACACGAGGAUCGCCAUCCUGACGACCCUGAUCACCCCGCUGGCCAAGUACGCGCUGAUCAUCCAGCCCAUCACGACGGGGAUAGAGGAGAAGCUGUCGUCGUCGCGGGGGAGCCUCACCAGGGCGGCCAUCAGCACCACCGUCCUUGUCAGCACGGUGGUGGCGGCGUGCACGGUGCCCUUCUUCGGCUACCUCAUGUCCUUCAUCGGCUCCUCUCUCAACGUCACCGUCGCCGUCCUGUUCCCGUGCCUGAGCUACCUCAUGAUCGGAGAGGUUCGCCGUGCCGAGGCCGCGGGGAUCGUCGCCAUACUGGUGGUUGGAGUGUGUGUCGCCGUCCUAGGAACUUACACCUCCCUGCACCAGAUUGUGAGCACAUUUUGA